GCCCUGCUGGUCAUGGGGCCCAGCCGCUGUGCUGUUUGCACUCACUUAGCCUUACCCUUUGGCCCCUCUCAUACAUGAGCGGAAGCUCAUGGUCCUAGGGACAUCCACCCACAGCCCUCCCACAGUCCUCACCUAGCUUUGUCUACACACCGCCCUGGGCUGUAGGGGCUUCUGGGGUCUGCCUGACUUAACCAUACGGAGCUGCGAGGACAAUUGUUGUGGGUGGUAUUUCGGGGCAGUUCAGUAGAAAGGCCUUGGAAACGUGGGGGUCAUAGCAUGUGGUUCUCAACACACAUAGAGAUGAGGCAAAAGGUUUUUCUGGGGUGUUUAUGACUCCCUGUUCCAGAUGUCCUGAGAACCUAGGCAUCUCCAGGGCUGCAUUAAGAGUGAAGCCCAGUGGGGCCUCUGAGACUGGACAAGGAUUCUGGGCCUCUUUGCUUCUAGGUCUUCCUUGUGAAGGUUACCUUGGAGGCCACAGGUACUAUGAGAGCUUCACUAAUUGCACCGAGCUGGAGAGCACUCUCGUGGGCUGCUACUGGCCCAACCCGCUGGCCCAGAGCUUCAUCACGGGCGUCCACCGGCAGUUCUUCUCCAACUGCACCGUGGACAGGGCCCACUGGGAAGAUCCCCCAGACGAAGUGCUCAUCCCGCUGAUCGCAGUGCCCGUCGUGCUGACCGUGGCCAUGGCUGGCCUGGUGGUGUGGCGCAGCAAGCGCACGGACCAGCUGCUGUGAACUUCCGCCAGAGGGAAGGCCGUGCCUGGAGAAGCUGGAAGGAUGCUGCCCAGAGCUUCGAGGGCUGGCGGACACUUCCUCUGUUUGGCCUGCUUUGGCCACACCCUCCCUGGUCAUGGCAGACUUCUCCUGCCCAGGCUGCUGUGGUCCUUGCUGUGUAGUCUGCUGCCUGAUGGAGCUCAGACCGACCACGCGAGUGGGCUGGUGGAAGAGAGUGACACAGUUCGUUUGUGUACCGAGGGUGGAUGUCGUCUGUUGCUGAGCCCCACACUCCCCAGGCCGGCCUCCCUAGUCUCUAGCCAUUUCUUGUCAGAGUCUUGUUCAGCCUUGACCCCAGCCAAGGUCCUGACCCUGACCCCUGUGUACACUUGAGCAGAGGGGGCAGGCAAGGUCAUCUGGAAGAUGUGGAACCCUGAGCCCUUCUGACUGGGAGACUGAGUACAUCCUCUAUUGGACAGGAAGGACAGCCUGGGGACUGGGGAAUGGAGUCAUUAGGAGCCACAUGUCACCUGCAGAUCUGCCUGUCUCCUGUGUGAUCCCUCAUGGCUCUCUGUCCAGUGUGGCCUGGAGCUGGGGAUUGGUCAGCCCUUCACAGACACCUGCCCUGCAGGUGAGGCGUGGGCCUCCUUCUUGAGGGGGGUGCCUGGGAGUAAGGCACACACUGAGUAGAGUCUGUGCUCGGGUGUCUGUCUGCUGAUGUCUGUUCUUUUUGAUUAAAGAGUCUCCUUACAUCUGG